UUUUUUUUUUCUUCGUCUUGUAUAUUAUUCUUUAACCCAAACACACACACUCACUCAUAUUGCACACACACACACACACACGCACGCACACACAAUCACACAGACACACACACAACAUCCAUAUAUAUUUUAUUUAUCAAUUGAUAUGUCUUUCUUUUUUUUUUUUUUUUUUUUUUUUUUUUUGGCCGUGAUGACAGUAACACAAAAAUAUCACACACCACCUCCUAUUUUCGUGUUUUAUUGUUGACAUCAUGAUUAUGCGCCUUGUAUCACGCUAAAAUAAAAUAAAAAUGCGAUCUAUAAAAACGAGAUUAUGAAACAGGAAAGAAAACUCUCUUCUUUCCGUAUAAUUCUCAUCCAAAAAAAAAAUGUCUGCUAAUCCUUCUGUCCAACAAACCGAACAAAAGUUCAACGAAGCCGUCGUGACCAAUGAAAAGAAGUUAAACGAAACCUAUGAUAAAGUAUCUGCUACUGCUCAAGAAGAAUUAGCAAAGGUGAAAGCUGAAUUUAAUGAAUUCAAGGCAAGAUCUGGUCCCAAGGUACAAGAGGCUGAAAACUUUUUGACCUCUCCUGGUGCUAUUGGUUUUUAUCAAGGUCUUGUUGUUGGCGUCUUUGUAGUUCUCGGCUAUGCAAAGUAUAGAGGUGGUUUAGUCCUUUAAACAAUAACCAUAAUUUUUACGUGUUAUCUUUUAAUAUCAUAAUAAUUAUAAAACAAUAAAAAAAUUAUAACUCUUGUGUUCUCGGCAUUA